UCUCGGCAACAUUGCUAUCUUGCGGAGGAACCCUUCAACCUGUUUCAACCUUCUUCGACCAGGAACCGAUAUCCUUCUUCUCGAUCCUCGAUCCUCUGGAUAUCUGGCGUGAAAUGAUACCCUGAAAGAGAGAUUCGAUCGAGAGAAGAAUUAUUCGUUUGAGUUCCUGUUCCGAAUUCUGUGUGGAAUCGAGUUUCGUAUUUAGUCAGAUAAAAACCUGUUUUACCGGGAGAAUAGCACGCGCGAAGCGAGAUGGAGCAAGAGGGAAGACAGGAUGCGGAUCGUGUCGCGGAUUCGAGAUGGAAGACGGAUGCUCCUUGCCUGAAAAUGGGCAAUUUCGUUCUGAAGAUGGAUUUCGACGAGGGCGACGAGUAUUUUAGGGAGAAGGCGAGGGACGAGCUGCGCGAGACUCCCGAGAUAGUCGAGCAAUCUUUGAACGACUUCAGGACGAUGGUUAAAGCCGAAUCCAAUCUCGUUGUCCCGGAUGACGAUGAAUUUUACAAGAAAUUCCUGCGUCCUUGCAAAUGGUAUCCAAAGAGUAGUUUCGAGUUGAUGAAAAGAUUUUAUAAAUUCAAGUUGAACAAUCCUCGCUACUCCCGCGAUCUGUUGCCGAGCAACGAGCAAAAAGUGCUGUGCUCAGAUAUCGCGAUACCGUUACCCGAUCGAACGGCGGACGGUUGCAAAAUGAUUUUAAUCAACGCUGGGAAACAAUGGAAUCCAAAGCUAAUAACCAGCGACGAAAUACUUCGAACUACGAUGCUGUUGAUAGAGAUUGCUAUAAACGAGCCUAAAACGCAGAUUUGCGGGAUCCACACGAUUAUAAAUAUGGCCGGGUUCUCAUUGAGCCACGUUACACACAUCACACCGAGUUUCGCCGCGGCGAUGACCGAGUGGAUACAGAGAUGUUUGCCCUGUCGAAUAAAGGGUAUACACAUAGUGAAUCAACCCUUCAUAUUCAAGAUGGUUUACGCUAUAUUUAAACCCUUUCUUCUGGAGAAGACACGUAAGAGGCUUCACUUUCACGGCACCGACAGGGAAGCUUUGAUCUCUUUCCUCGGAGUGAAAAAUUUGCCUAUCGAGUUUGGCGGAGAGCUCGAGAUGCCGAACGAGCCGAUUGGCCGAAACAUUUAUGAAUAUGUGCGAAACAAAUUUGAGAAAAAGUUCGAAGAGACCAAUAAAUUUGGAUACAUCGUGAAUGAAAAAUGAUUGACAGGAGGGAGAGGAUUGUUGAAUCGAUUUAAAGCGCGACGAGUUUCAAGGUAACGUUGUUGAUGGAUCUCGAUCAACAAUCGAAGCAACAAGGUAAAUAAAAGAGGUAAAAAGCCGGGAAUGAUGAGAAUAAUUCAAUAAUUCAAUAAAAUUUGAGUACUCGAACUGGAGUAUCGUUAUAGAGAAAGGUCAGAGAUCCGAGUCGUUCUACCGUUGCAACGAUGAUCGAUGAUCUUUUUCAUUCUUGUUGGGUAAUUUUUUUUACUUUUGAAAUAAAAAUAAAAAUAAUAUCCAAACGAAUAUGAUAACGAUAUUAGCUUGUAUUUGUUUUUUUUUUUUGUUACUGAUACAAUAAAUAAAUUUUUGCAAUUGACUUUGAGCGUAAUAAUAAUAAUAAUAAAAUAAAACAAUUAAUCGACGUUACUUUUUGAUAAAAGUUAUAUUUUUUUUAAUCCGCAAAAUUAUACGUCACGUUGUAACAAUUAUUGAUUGUUUGUUGUCACACAAUUGACUUAAUUACAUAAAGAAAUAUUUUAAUAUUUAGGAAAUAUUUAGAUGGAAAAAUAAUUGGAAAUAAUAAAAAUGUUCCACUUCAGGGAGAAAUAGUGACAGAAUUGAUACAAUUAUCGUGUAUAAUCACGGAUAUGUAAACAGGAUUUUUUUUUAAUUAAGUAUAUAUUUCAUAAGCGUAUACCCUUGAGAUAAACCUCUUUGUCCUUGCAUAAUAAAUUAAUCAACAAGUUUUUACAAAUUUAUUAAAUAUAUCAGCUGGUAAUAACUUCUGAAGAAGGCCUUUUUCAAACCCUUUUCUAAAUUAUCAAGUUAUAUUAUGAUAAUAAAUUUCGAAUCGAUUUCAUCUAUUAACAGAGAAAAAAAAAAGAAAAAGAAAAAGAAGAAACGUAUGAUAAGUAACAUUAAAGUAAUACAAAAAUAAUAUUAUAAAUAAUAAAAUUAUUUCGUACAAAAUUAUCUAUUAAUUUAUAAAAUAUAAUUUUAUAUAUAAAAAUCCCUUAGAAGAAUCUCUCUCACUCUCACUCACUCAUUCAUUCAUUUUCUCUCUCUCUCUCUCGCUAUAAUAAUAUUCUAAUUCUAAUCCUAAUUCGUGUAUAAUAAUAUGGACAAAUACAACAAUUUGGAAAAAGUUUGCGCUUCUUUUUCCACUGCUCUCGUAAAAAGUACCGUUUGUUGUUCAAUUUAAUCGUAUAAUUUAAAUUAUUGCAAUAAUAUUAUUAAAAAGGUCAAACUAGCUAAUGAUAGACCCCGCUUAUAACAAUCAGAUAGAUAACUAAGUAGGCUAUGCGCUGAAUCCAGAUCCAGCGUGUUAACGAAGAGGAAAAAUCCACAGCCGACAGAGUUUCGCAAAAAAAAAAA